UUCCAGGCCACCUGGUUGACACUCCAGGACUUCGCUCAGCUUUGCUCUCGGUAAUUGCCAUGUGACUUCGCGGGCUCUUCGCUCUGUACAACCGGACAUAGAUCGCGUCGACUGAGCAGCACCUCCACAACUUCCACAAUCACUCCGAGAACCACACACUCUCGCGCGAGACUCAGAUAUGCCGAACACCAAGAAGGUGCCGAAUGGCGAUACUCUGGAGCAACGCCUAAACCAUUACCGUCAAGCGAAGCAGAACCGCACACAAGUCCUGUUGGCAGAUGAGCAACGUAUAUGUGACAGACUCAACGAGAUUCAGGCCGAGAAGAUAUUGCUCGAGGAUGAGCUCGAAAGGAAUCUGAGGCAACGUGUCGAAGAUCGGGAGGGAGAGUCUCUUCUGCAGGAGCUGAUGGCAAUGGAGCAGAGCAAAUGUCCCCCGCUGUGCGAAGCCAUGCAGCUGAAACUGCCACGCGAAAUUCGUGACAUGAUCUAUGAGCAUGUCGUGGGCCCUCCAGCCUGGCACAACAACAAACAUACCGUACCUGUGGUAGCAUCAAAGGACCUCGGUAUCUCGGACGCCUUCAAUCUCGUCAGCAACAGCAUCGGUCUGUUCGCCAGCGGCGGAUAUGAGCAUAUCGAAAAGGAGACACGGCAGGAACUGGCAGAGUUUUGGUACACAAGAAGUACGUUCGACUUCUGCACGGACUUGCAUCUCCUCAGAGCCUUCCUCAAUGGAGUUGCUGCCGGUACUAGAUACCAGGCCCUUGAGAUAGUUCGCCAGAUGGAGAUUACAAUCGACUGCAAUGAUGAGUUCGAGCCGGAAACCGAGCGAAUUCUGACCCAGGCUUUGGCGGAUCUCACACUACGGGUACAGCCGGCACGAUUACGAAUCUACCUACGCGACAUCCAGGGUGUUGUGCGCUAUAAUGACGACCGGCUCCUGAUCUUAUUACACAACGUCAGACAACUGCUUCCGGACCUUCCUGGUUGGACGAUCGAAUUCGUUGUGCACAUGGUUACGGAUGACGGUCGAUUAUCGCGAGGGUGGAAAGAUAUCGUAUCAGGGUAUCACGUCAACCUGAUGAUACCCGGGAAUGCAGAGAUGUCACUCAGUGAGUGGUCGGACAAGUUCAGACAACUUCGGAAAGAGCUUGAACGUUACUAUGAUGACACACUGAACGAAUCAGACGACGAAAACGAAGAAGAGGAUGAGGAGCCGGAAGAAGACGACACUGAUGAAGAGCGCGAUCAAUACCUGCCUCUUGAUAGAAAUGAGCUUCUUGAACUUGAGAAAGAGUUGGAGUGGUGCCAGGAGGAUCUGAAGAUCUGGCGGGCCCGGGGUGCUUAGUGAUAUGUAGCUCCACUAUUCAUGGGUGGCAGCUUUCUAUAGUCGCCAAGGGAGGAUUACGAGCUACCUUUACUUACGAACAAGAGCCUCACGACUUCAUGUUUUACCUUCUAUCGCUUGGUGAAGGUCUCACUUGCUAGUGGCCUCAUUUUGCCCGCACUUACCUGACCACUAGUCUGGUGGUACAAUCCACUACUUAUACCCAAUCCUUCCACCAGAUCUCCUUCUAUCUUUAAUCCACA